AUGGUGACUGAUCUCCCCAGUCGCGAGCGUAGACCAUCUGUCGGAGCUCCCAUUGCAGAUUUACAGGGUCCCGUUGGCCCAGGCUUCAGCCGCCCCAAGCAUAAGCGUACAUACACUGGAUUCGGUCCUACUGAGAUCAAGGGUGUUGAAGCGAGUAUUCCUGAAUCGUUGCGUGAUGCCUGGCGUAAAUAUUCUGCUUCAGAAUUUACCACUAAAGAGGAAUUUGCGAAAGAACUAGUGCGCCACAUCGAGACGACUCUUGCUCGCUCUCUCUACAACUGUGAUGAGCAUGCGGCCUACUCCGGAACGGCGCUUGCGUUCAGAGACCGGUUGAUCAUCGAGUGGAACAAGACUCAGCAGCAGCACACCUACAAAGACCCCAAAAGAGUUUACUACCUAUCUCUUGAAUUCUUGAUGGGUCGUGCUCUUGAUAAUGCCAUGCUUAAUGUCGGCCAGAAAGAAACUGCUCGAGAGGGACUGAAGGACAUUGGCUUCCGUGUUGAGGAUGUCAUUAGUCAAGAACACGAUGCCGCUCUGGGUAAUGGUGGUCUCGGACGUCUGGCAGCAUGCUUCCUGGACAGCAUGGCCACACUUGACUACCCAGCUUGGGGAUAUGGUCUGCGAUAUCGCUACGGAAUCUUCAAGCAAGAGAUUGUCAAUGGAUACCAGAUGGAGGUUCCUGACUACUGGCUUGACGAAAACCCAUGGGAGUUCCCUCGCCACGAAAUAACAGUGGACAUCCAAUUUUAUGGCUCAGUGCGCAAGUAUCGAGAUGAAAAUGGCAAGACUCAAAACUCAUGGGAGGAUGGAGAAAUAGUCCAGGCUGUUGCCUAUGACGUUCCAAUCCCCGGAUAUGGAACCAAGACCACCAACAACCUCCGCUUGUGGUCCAGCAAAGCGAGCAGUGGUGAAUUUGAUUUCCAAAAGUUUAACGCUGGUGACUAUGAAAGUGCAGUGAAAGACCAGCAAAGUGCUGAGACCAUCUCCGCUGUGCUUUAUCCAAAUGACAACCUUGAGCGAGGCAAGGAGCUCCGACUCAAGCAGCAGUACUUUUGGUGCGCUGCUUCAUUGUACGAUAUCAUUCGGCGUUUCAAGAAAACGAAGAGAGCUUGGAGCGAGUUCCCUGAUCAGGUUGCCAUUCAACUCAACGAUACUCACCCCACUCUUGCCAUCGUUGAGAUGCAGCGUAUUCUACUCGACAAGGAAGGCCUCGAAUGGGAUGAAGCGUGGGGCAUCGUGACCAAGACUUUUGGAUACACGAACCAUACAGUCCUACCGGAGGCCUUAGAGAAGUGGUCUGUUCCUCUGUUCCAGAGCCUGCUUCCCCGGCACCUUCAGAUCAUUUACGACAUUAAUCUUUUCUUCCUGCAAUCGGUCGAGAAGAAGUUCCCCAACGACCGGGACCUUCUGGGGCGAGUUUCAAUCAUUGAAGAGUCGCACCCGAAGAUGGUCAGAAUGGCGUACUUGGCAAUUAUUGGGUCUCACAAGGUUAAUGGCGUUGCUGAACUGCACUCGGACCUGAUUAAGACAACAAUCUUCAAGGAUUUUGUCGAGAUCUAUGGCCCCGACAAAUUCACCAACGUUACCAAUGGAGUCACCCCCAGACGUUGGCUCCAUCAGGCCAAUCCAGCACUUUCUGCAUUGAUUGCAAAGAAAAUUGGAAGCCACGCGUUCCUUACUGACCUGACACUCUUGUCAAAAUUAGAGGAUUUCGUGGGUGAUAAAGAGUUCCAGCGCGAAUGGGCAGAGAUCAAGACCAACAACAAACUGAAACUGGCUGAAUUGAUCAAGGAGGCAACUGGCUACAGCGUGAAUCCCACCUCACUGUUUGACGUACAAGUGAAGCGCAUUCACGAGUAUAAGCGUCAACAGCUCAACAUAUUUGGUGUGAUUCAUCGCUACCUGUCCAUCAAAGCCAUGUCAGCCGAAGAGAAGAAGAAAGUGGUACCCCGAGUAUCCAUCUUUGGAGGCAAGGCAGCCCCUGGUUAUUGGAUGGCCAAGACCAUCAUCCACCUAGUCAACAACGUGGCUGCCGUAGUGAACAAGGACCCCGAGAUCGGCGACCUCUUGAAAGUCAUCUUCAUUCCAGACUACAAUGUCAGCAAGGCGGAAAUAAUAUGCCCAGCCUCUGAUAUCAGCGAACACAUAUCCACCGCCGGUACGGAAGCCAGUGGAACGAGUAACAUGAAGUUCGUCCUGAACGGAGGUCUCAUCAUCGGAACAUGUGACGGAGCCAAUAUCGAAAUCACCCGAGAAAUCGGCGAGCAGAACAUCUUCCUCUUCGGCAACCUCGCCGAAGAUGUCGAGGAACUGCGCCACAAGCACUUCUACGGUAAAUUCCAGUUAGAUCCAGAUCUAGAAAAAGUCUUCCAAGCAAUCAAGAGCGGAAUAUUCGGCGAUCAAUCCGAGUUCUCAGCGUUGACCUCCUCCAUUGACGAGCAUGGUGACUACUAUCUUGUUUCGGAUGACUUCCACUCCUAUAUUAUCACUCAGGAUAUGGUCGAUAAGUCGUUCCAGGAUAAGGAGGAGUGGCUGAUUAAGUCUAUUACUAGCGUUGCGCGCAUGGGAUUCUUUUCUACUGAUCGUGUCAUUAACGAGUAUGCUGAGGAGAUUUGGAACGUUGAGCCUGUUGUAGCUGAGGAUUAG